GUAAGCGACGAUGCGAUCGAAGUGAUCGCCGAACAGGUGCGAGGGCUCCGGUAUUUGGACCUCUCGUGGUGUCCCCGAGUCAGCGACGCCGCCCUCGAGUACAUCGCCUGCGACCUGUCCGACACACUCACCCAUCUUAUACUCGACCGGUGUUUACACAUAACAUGCAUCGGAAUGGGAUACGUGGCCACAAUGACACGACUCUGCCAUUUGUCACUCCGAUGGUGUCCACAGGUGCGGGACUUUGGUUUACAAACCCUGUGCUCCAUGCGAUCCCUUAGAAGUCUGUCCAUUGCCGGGAUUAAUAUUUUUUAA